UUUCCUUCCGUCUUUCCCUAUUCGGUCUAUGUCUGUCUCUCCCUUCUAGUAGAACGCUUUCUCGUUGCCAUCAGCCUUCCCAUUGGCCAGGCUGCCGUUGCUUUCAUCACUCCUUCAAGCGCCAGCUCCGGUCCGCAGACUCGCCCUCUCUCGCGCGCGCCCCUGCGCUCUCCCACCCCGGUUUUGCCUGUCUACUCGCUCCUUGGGCCCACGCGCUUUUUCCAUCAAUCGCCUGGCAACCAUGAGCUCUUCGGAAGACGAUACCCCGCUUGUCAAGGCAAAUGGUCGCCUUACCAGUUCCCAUACGGACUCAAAAUUGCGCGACGCGACGGAGACAAAUGGCCAUGUUGAUCCAGGCGUAUCCAUCCGCUUUGGUCCCGUUCAGGCCGAAAAUGAUGUGGACAUGGCCGAUGCCGACGCUGCCGCCGUUCCCAAGCGGAAGUCGCGCUCAAGCGUCGGUCAGAGAAAGUCUUACGCCGAACCUGAGAGCAGUGAGGAUGAUCAACCUUUGCGGCUGACCAGUCGACAGAGCAAGCGACGCCGCACUUCCGUGAAGCACGAGGACCCCGAAACGGACGAUGACGUACCUCUGGCGCUCAAUGGAAGAAAGCUUCCCAAGGCGUCGGAAACGGCUAUAGGUGAAGAAUCCGAUUCCGAUGUGCCUAUCGAAAGAAAACUCGCCUCUCAGAAGAAGAAGAUACAGCAGAAGGCAGAGAAGGAUGCGAAAGCGACCCGCAAACAAGCCCCCCCGAAGACUACGAAGGCCACAGCAACCAAGAGACAGGCCAAUGGCGUGAAGAAAGAGCCCGAAGACGUGAAGCCUUCGACCGUCAAGAAGACGGCAAAGCCAACCAAGGCCAGUGAGAAGGCUGCGUUGCCUUCGCAUGUGAAGCGGGCUGCCUCUAGCGCCAAGUCGACCCCUGUCAAAAAGGAAGAAAGCGAGGAGGCUGAAGACGCCGAGGAAGAAGAGUACAGAUGGUGGGAAGACCCGACCAAGGGUGAUGGCACGAUCAAGUGGACGACCCUUGAACACAACGGCGUGGUUUUCCCUCCUCCGUACGAGCCACUUCCUAAGAACGUCAAAAUGAAGUAUGAUGGCGUCCCUGUCACUCUUCAUCCUGACGCUGAAGAAGUGGCUGGCUUCUUCGGCGGCAUGCUCAAUGCGACUCAGCAUGUUGAGAACCCCACCUUCCAGAAGAACUUCUUUAUGGAUUUCCGAGAUAUCCUUAAGAAGACUGGUGGCGCAAAGGAUCCCAAGGGCAACAAAGUGGACAUCAAAGAUUUUCACAAGUGCGACUUUCAGCCAAUCUUUGCCUACUACGACAAUCAACGUCAAGAGAAAAAGGCUUUGCCACCGGCUGAGAAGAAGCGUUUGAAGGCUGAAAAGGACGCUCAAGAGGCCCCUUACAUGUAUUGUAUGUGGGACGGACGGAAGCAGAAAGUGGGCAACUUCCGAGUGGAACCGCCAGCUCUCUUCCGUGGACGUGGUGAGCAUCCCAAAACUGGCCGUGUGAAGUCGCGUGUGCAGCCGGAACAGAUCACCAUCAAUAUUGGCAAAGAUGCGCCUGUUCCGCCUCCUCCGGAGGGCCACAAGUGGAAAGAGGUCAAGCACGACCAAGAAGGCACCUGGCUUGCAAUGUGGCAGGAAAACAUCAAUGGCAACUACAAGUAUGUCAUGCUUGCGGCCAAUUCUGAUGUGAAGGGUCAGAGUGAUUACAAGAAGUUCGAGAAGGCUCGUGAAUUGAAGCAUCAUAUUGAUCGGAUCCGCAAAGAUUAUCAGAAGAACCUCAAGCACGAGCUGAUGGUCGAGCGGCAAAAGGCGACGGCAGUAUACCUUAUUGACCAGUUUGCUCUUCGUGCUGGUAACGAGAAGGGUGAAGACGAAGCUGAGACUGUGGGAUGCUGCUCUCUCAAGUAUGAGAACGUUACUCUCAAGCCUCCAAACAAGGUUGUCUUUGAUUUCUUGGGUAAGGACAGCAUCCGCUUCUAUGAUGAAGUCGAGGUCGACACCCAGGUUUUCAAGAACUUGAAGAUCUUCAAGAAAGCGCCCAAGAAGGAGGGCGACGAAAUCUUCGAUAGACUGACGACCUCCGCCCUCAACAAACACUUGUCGACCUACAUGCAAGGAUUGACUGCAAAGGUGUUCCGUACCUACAACGCUUCCCACACUAUGUCCACGCUGCUGAAGGACAUGAAGGCGACGGGUAACAUUGCAGAGAAGGUGAAGGCGUACAAUGACGCCAACCGCAGGGUCGCCAUUCUGUGUAACCAUAAGCGAACUGUCGCUGCAUCCCAUGCCAACCAGAUGGAGAAGAUGAGUGAAAGGAUCAAGGGACUGCGGUACCAAAGAUGGCGUCUGAAGCAACAGAUGCUCGAUCUCGAGCCUAGUUUGAAGAAGAAGAAAGGCGCCAAGUACUUCGAGAUGGACGAAGACAUGGACAUGGAAUGGGUGAAGGAGCACCAGGCCUACCUUGUGGAAGAGCAGCGCCAGAAAAUCCAGAAGAAGUUCGAAAAGGACAAUGAGAAGCUCGCUGCAGAAGGCGAGAAGGAAAUGAAGGCCACUGAGCUGGAGAGCCGUCUCCAGGCAGCAAAAGAUAUGGAGAAGAAAUUUAACAAGGAGAACAAAACCGGAAAGGUGGAAGCCGAAGGCAAGUCCCCGACGGUCGAUAAGCUCGAGGCAGCGAUCACGAAGCUCGAGCAGCGCAUUGAAACGAUGGAGCUUCAAGCUCAGGAUAAGGAAGAGAACAAGGAGGUCGCUCUAGGAACCUCGAAGAUCAACUACAUCGACCCUCGUCUUACUGUGGUUUUCAGCAAGAAGUUCGAUGUUCCUAUUGAGAAGUUCUUCUCCAAGUCCCUCCGGGAGAAGUUCGAAUGGGCCAUCAAGUCGGUCGAAGAGGAUUGGGAAUUCUAG